AUGAAUGACAUGGAGCGGGAUUAUCAAGUCAUGCCGCAUCUCGAUCAAUACGAGCGCCACGGCUUGGCGGAUGAGGAUGAGGAUUUCGACGCGGAGGCCGAGCUCGAGGCGCGCGUGCGCGCGGAAGCGGAGAUGGAGCGGCGGGAUGAGUACGAACAGCGCGGUACGCGAGUGCACGGUCGAGUUCGUCCGCGGGCUUUGGAUGAGGGCGAGGAUGAGUGGUUGCGGCAGGCGAGACGCAGACGGGCGGCGGACCGCGCGGCGGAUGGGGAGAUGGACGACGAUGGUGAGGAGUACGAAAUGAACAUCGAGGCGUACGAUUGCCCUCUUCGAGAGUGGAUCACGAAGGAUCGUACCAAGGUUGAAAUUCGCAAGCGGCUGAGUCGAUUCUUGCGCAAAGGACAGGUGGACGAGCAAGGGCGAUCGCUCUAUCAUAAGAAGAUUCGCGAGAUGUGCAACAACAACCGUCAGAGUCUGGAGGUGAGCUACAUGCAUCUGGGGACGGUCGAACCGCUUAUCGCGAGUUGGCUCGCGGACGCACCGAAGGACAUGUUGGACAUUUUUGACGAGGUUGCGCUCACGGAGGUGCUCAAGCUCUACCCGUCGUACGGCGACAUCCACCAGGACGUCUUCGUGCGAAUCGUGGAACUCCCGUUAGAAGACGCGAUCCGAGACAUUCGCCAAGUGCACUUAAACAUGCUCAUUCGCGUCAGCGGCGUCAUCACUCGCCGCACGGGUGUAUUUCCACAGUUGAAGAACGUGACGUACACGUGCAUGACGUGCUCGUACAACAUCGGUCCGAUAUUCCAGAAUAGUAGCAGAGAGGAGGAGCGCCCGAAUGCGUGUCCGGAGUGCCAACAAAAGGGUCGGUGGCAGGUCAACUCGGCGAAGACGGUUUACAGAAAUUACCAAAAGCUCACGUUGCAGGAGUCUCCCGGUAGCGUGCCGCCGGGUCGCAUUCCUCGUAGCAAGGAAAUCAUUGUGCUCAACGAUUUGAUUGAUCUCGCCAAACCGGGCGACGAGGUCGAAGUCACGGGGGUGUACACGAACAAUUUUGAGGCGUCGCUCAACACUCGCCAGCAAGGCUUCCCAGUAUUCACAACGUUCAUAGAAGCAAACUACAUCAAGCGAAAGGGAGACUUGUUCUCAUCGGAUAAUCUCACCGACGAGGAUCGCGAAGACAUUCGCAAAUUGAGUCGAGAUCCGCAAAUCGUUCGACGCAUCGUCAAAUCGAUCGCACCGGCGAUUCACGGCCACGAAGAUAUCAAGAUGGGCCUCGCUUUGGCUUUGUUUGGUGGACAGGAAAAAUUCGUCAAGGGAAAGACUCGUCUGCGUGGCGACAUUAACAUGUUGUUACUCGGCGAUCCUGGUGUCGCGAAGUCUCAAUUUCUCAAGUACACUCAGGCGACCGCGAGUCGCGCAGUGUACACCACAGGUAAGGGUGCAUCCGCUGUUGGUUUAACAGCCGCCGUUCACAAGGAUCCGGUGACGCGUGAGUUCGUUUUGGAGGGAGGCGCGCUCGUGCUCGCGGAUCGCGGUGUGUGUCUCAUCGAUGAGUUCGACAAGAUGAACGAUCAAGAUCGCGUGUCGAUUCACGAAGCCAUGGAACAGCAACAAAUCUCCAUCUCAAAGGCUGGUAUCGUUACCUCUCUUCAGGCGCGCUGUUCCGUGAUCGCAGCUGCGAACCCGAUCGGUGGUAGAUACGACUCCACGAAGACUUUCAGCGACAACGUUGAAUUGACAGAUCCAAUUCUGUCCCGUUUCGACGUUCUUUGCGUCAUCCGUGAUCUUAUCGAUCCCGAGCACGAUCGGCGACUGGCCACAUUUGUCGUCAACUCACACGUAAAACAUCAUCCGCACUCAAAAAGCAUGGCGCAUGAGGCGGAGCCGGCGCACGAAACCGAGGACGACGGCAUUGAGUCGAUCGAUCAAAAUCUACUGAAGAAGUACAUUUCCUACGCGAAGAAAGAGAUUCGUCCCAAAAUCAACACACAAGAUCUUCCAAAAAUUCAACGCGUCUACGCCGAACUCCGCAAGGAGUCCGUGACGCGCGAGGGCAUGCCGGUCGCCGUUCGUCACCUUGAAUCAAUCAUCCGUAUGAGCGAGGCGCGCGCGUCGAUGCGGUUGAGCCAACAGGUGUCGUCGGAAGACAUCGAUGCCGCGAUCGGGUGCAUGCUGCAAUCCUUCAUCGGAACACAGAAACAAUCGGUUCAAAAGAUGUUGCAGAAGAAGUUUGCGCGAUACACGCACGCGCAUCGUGACUACAACGCGCUGCUCAUGGAGAUCCUUCGGGGCUUGCUUCGCGAGACUUUGCGCUGGGCGAACCUCAGUGCGGCGAGAUCGAACAGUCAAGCCGACGCCGUGAAUCAAACCGCAACAAUCAGGUGUCGAGACCUCGAGAGCAAGGCGCGAGAGUACGGAAUCACAGACCUAGCGCCGUUCUACGGUAGCUCUACAUUCCGAAACUCGGAUUUCACUCAUGACAGCGCGCGCGAAGUAAUCGUUCACGCGAGCAAUUGA